AUGCCUUACCUCCACCGAGACUCAGGGCCCCAGGCACAGCCGACUCCCAAAGACGCCAGGAUCACCCACUCGUCGGGCCAGAGCUUCGAGCAGCUGAGGCAGGGGUGCCUGAGGAAGGGUGCCCUGUUUGAGGACCCAGACUUCCCCACCAACAACUCCUCUCUAUUCUACAGUGAGAGACCCCCAGUCCCCUUCAAGUGGAAACGGCCUGGGGAAAUCGUGACAAACCCAGAGUUCAUCCUUGGAGGGGCCACCAGGACUGACAUCUGCCAGGGGGAGCUUGGAGACUGCUGGCUGUUAGCUGCCAUUGCCUCCCUCACACUUAAUGAAAAAGCACUGGCCAGAGUGGUCCCCCACGACCAAAGCUUUGGCCCUGGUUAUGCUGGGAUAUUCCAUUUCCAGUUCUGGCAGCACAGCGAGUGGCUGGAUGUGGUCAUUGAUGACCGACUACCCACCUUCAGGGGCCGCUUGGUUUUCCUGCACUCCGUGGAGCACCGUGAGUUCUGGGGCGCAUUGCUGGAAAAGGCCUACGCCAAGCUGAAUGGGAGCUACGAAGCUCUGAAGGGUGGCAGCACCAUCGAGGCCAUGGAGGACUUCACUGGGGGUGUGGCAGAGAACUUCCUAACUAAAGAGGCCCCGGAGAAUUUCUAUGAGAUUCUGGAGAAGGCCUUGAAGAGGGGCUCCCUGAUGGGCUGCUCCAUCGAUACCGGAAAUGCUACAGAAUCAGAAGCCCGGACACCUUUUGGUCUGAUUAAGGGUCACGCCUACACUAUAACAGGGAUUGAUCAGGUAAACUUCCGAGGCCAGAAAGUGGAGCUCAUCAGAGUCCGGAACCCCUGGGGCCAUGUGGAGUGGAACGGGUCCUGGAGUGACAGGAUGGCGUUCAAGGAUUUCAAGGUCCACUUUGACAAAGUGGAGAUCUGCAAUCUCACUCCAGACGCCCUGGAGGAGGAUGCUCUGCACAAGUGGGAGGUGACUGUCCAUCAAGGAAGCUGGGUUAGGGGCUACACAGCUGGGGGCUGUCGCAAUUUCCUGGAUACUUUUUGGACCAAUCCACAGAUCAGACUGUCCCUGACUGAGAAAGACGAGGGGCAAGAGGAAUGCACUUUCCUCGUAGCCCUCAUGCAGAAAGAUCGAAGGAAACUUAAGAGAUUGGGCGCCGACGUGCUGACCAUCGGCUACGCCAUUUACCAGUGCCCAGGCAGAGAGGAACACCUGGACAAAGACUUCUUUAGAUACCACGCUUCCCAGGCCAGGAGCAAAACGUUCAUCAACCUGCGAGAGGUCUCCGGCCGGUUCAGGCUGCCCCCUGGGGACUACAUCCUGAUCCCCAGCACUUUCGAGCCCCAUCAGGAGGCUGAUUUCUGUCUGAGAAUCUUCUCGGAGAAGAAAGCCAUUACCCGGGAUGUGGAUGGAAACGUGGGCAUUGACCUUCCUGAGCUUCCAAAGCCAACUCCGCCUGGCCAAGAGACGGAAGAGGAGCAGCAGUUCCGGGCCCUGUUUGAGCAAGUUGCUGGCGAGGACAUGGAAGUGACAGCAGAGGAACUUGAAUAUGUUUUAAAUGCUGUGCUGGAAAAAAAGAAGGACAUCAAAGCCAAGAAGCUGAGCCUGAUCUCCUGCAAAAACAUCAUUUCCCUCAUGGAUAGCAGCGGCAAUGGGAAGCUGGAGUUCGAUGAAUUCAAAGUGUUCUGGAACAAGCUGAAGCAGUGGAUUGAUCUGUUCCUUCGGUUUGAUGCUGACAGAUCGGGCACCAUGUCCUCCUACGAGCUGCGGACUGCCCUGAAAGCUGCAGGCUUCCAGCUGGGCAGUCACCUCCUGCAGCUGGUCGUCCUCCGGUACACAGACGAGGAGCUCCAGCUGGACUUCGAUGACUUCCUCAACUGCCUGGUCCGGCUGGAGAACGCGAGCCGGGUGUUCCAGGCUCUCAGUACGAAGAGCAAGGAGUUCAUUCAUCUCAACAUAAACGAGUUCAUCAACUUGACAAUGAACAUCUAAGGCUCUCCUGCUGUGGAUACAGCCUGCCCAGCUGCGUCUUGGCUUUUGGAGCAC